UACUAAAAAAGAAACUCUUGGUAUACCUGGGGAAUUUCUAUUCUUAAUUUUGACGCAUCAAAACCUCAAUCUGCUCUGUUCUUUCUGAUCAAGGGUUUUAGUUUCAUUUGAAUAUGCAUUAUGACCCUUUUCUUCUCUUUCUCGUAAUCCAAACAUUCCUAUAGCAACGUUUUAGAUUCCCAAAAGAUCAGAAAACCCCCAUUAUGGGUGUGUCAUUUAAAGUGUCGAAGACCGGUACCAGGUUCCGUCCCAACUCUUCUCUUCAAUCCGUGACCAACGUUAGUGUCGAAGAUGUGCCCGAGAAUUCCAGAGAUAGCUCGCGAAUUCUACACAGGGAUGAAUCAAUUGCUCGGAACAUCGAGGGUGCUGUUGUUGAGGGAGUUGAGACAGUUGCCCGGGUGUCUGGGCCGUCUGUGUCUUCUGAAGAGCAACUUGUAGUUAAAGACAGAGAAGUGUCCUUCACUUUGAACCUCUUUUUAGAUGGAUAUUCUAUUGGGAAACCCUCAGAGAAUGAGACUUCGAGUCGGUUAGCCCUCCAAGAUGCACAGAAGCUGUUACAUCCAUAUGAUAGGACAUCCGAAACUCUCUUCUCAGCAAUUGAAUCUGGUCGGUUGCCGGGAGAUAUUCUGGACGAUAUACCUUGCAAGUAUGUUGAUGGAACACUAGUUUGUGAGGUUCGAGAUUACCGUAAAUGUGCUUCGGAACCAGCAGGAUCUGGUUCUUUGCUAACUGAUGGAUGCCCUAUCGUGAGGAAAGUACGCCUUAAAAUGUCAUUAGAGAAUGUUGUGAAGGAUAUUCCAUUGAUCUCAGAUAAUUCUUGGACUUAUGGUGAUCUGAUGGAAGUGGAGUCUCGUAUAUUGAAAGCACUGCAACCUCAACUUCAUUUAGAUCCCACUCCGAAGUUGGAUAGGCUUUGUAAGAAUCCAGUUCCAACUAAGCUGGAUUUUGCUCUCUGUAGUUUCCGGAGAAAGAGAUUAAGGCAGAUACCAGAAGUUACUGUCACAUCUAACAGCAAACCACAUGGAAAGAAAAUCUGCAUUGAUAGAGUUCCAGAGAGUUCUAACUGCAGACCGGGAGAUUCAGGCAGUUUAAUUGCUGAAAAUGUUCAUGAAAAUCUGAAUAGCAACAUGUUGGCCAUAAGAGGCAAUAACUUUGUGUCCGAUGCUUCUGUAACAACACCACAUUUGGUAUCUAAUCAAAUGGGCUAUCAAAUGGGGGUUUGCACCCCAAGAAGUACUCAGGAUCACGGAUCAGGAUUUGUUGUAAAUUCAUCUGGGGCAUCUCCUGUUGGGCAGGAUAUAUUGAUCACAUAUGGUGAUAAUGUAAACUCUAGCACCUCUCUUCAUAGAAAGAGGGAGAAUCAAGAUGCGCAGCUGUCUCCCUUAGCCAAUAUAAAUAAAAGAGCAAGGCCUAUGCCAGUAAGUCUUGAGGGAUUGCAACAACAGCAAGUUGGGCAGCACAUGGACAGCUUCCGAGGAUCGGAAUUAAACUGGAAGAAUGCAUUGUUACAGCAACAAGCUACAACCAGAGGAAUGCCGUAUGCAAAUACUGGCAAUCAAAAGUUUUCCCAGCAGGUGUUUGAAGGGGUUUUAAAUCAGGAUGCUGUGGCAGCACCAUAUUCUGCAGGACAGCAGGGUAUGAGAUUCACCCCUAAGGAAGAGCAGUUUGAGACAGCUAAGUUGGAUGGAUCAGAGCUCAGUGGAGGUAGAAAUGAUGCACAGAUGGUGGAAACCGAAAUAAACCAUCUUGAUCCACAGCAAUCAAGGCACCAAGCAAGAUUACUGCAGACUACUUUCAUGAGAUCAAAUUUUCCUCAAGCAUCAUGGAAUAAUCUUGGUCAGCACACUGAGAAAGAUGGCAGAAAGGAGGACCAGCUCCAGAAAAGAAAAUUAGCUCAAAGCCCCCGGUUGUCUGCGGGCACUCUGGCGCAAUCUCCAUUAUCGUCAAAAUCAGGGGAGCUUUCUAGUGGUUCUGUAGGGCCCCAGUUUGGAACAUGUCCAACAGCUACUACUGCAUCCCAGAAGGAGAAGUCAGCAAUAUCCACGAUGAAUGCAGUUGCUGGAACACAAGCUUUAACUUCCAGUGCAAAUGACUCCCUGCAAAGGCAACACCAAGCCCAACUUGCUGCUAAGCGGAGAUCAAAUUCCCUUCCCAAGACUCCAGCAAUGAGUGGGGUUGCUUCCCCUGCCAGUGUUAGUAAUAUGAGUAUGCCACUAAAUGCUAGUAGUCCUUCAGUUGGAACCCAGCAUUUUGUUGAUAAAGAAAUGCUCGAGAAAUUCUCCAAUAUUGACAUGGUGACCAAGAGGCAUAAACUCAACUACAAAGAGAAUAAGGGUGAUGACUACUCUAGAAGAAAGCCUAAUACUUUUUCACCUCAAAAGCUUAUGGCUUGUCUUUCCAAUCCUUCAAACAAUGAGGAUUUUAAAGAUGAUGCUGAAAAAUCUUUAUCAAAGUCACUUGUAGGGGGCAACAUGAAUAUUUGUAAGACUAGAGUUAUAGUUUUUGGGCCUUCUGAGCGUAUAGUUCAAGGUUAUGUUCCUAGGUCCCUAUCCAGGAUGAUUAUGUCAGAGAAGCCAAAUGAUGGAACUGUAGCAAUGUUCUAUGGAGAUGUAGAUGUAGAGGAGAAUGAAGUUCAUAAUGUUGAGCAUAGUCUUCCUACUCUGCCAAACACUCAUUAUGCAGAUUUGCUGGCAAAACAGUUCUGUAAGCUGAUGGAACGUGAAGGAUAUAAAUGGGAGCAACGCAUCCAACCUAAAGUUCACAUGACUGUUGCCCCAGGCAAUCCAUCAAAUACUACUGGGAUGCCUCCUAAUUCUGCAGGUGAGAUGCAACAAUACGCAGAAGCAGUUCCAGGCCAGCUAUCCAAUGAGGCUGUGAAGCAAAGCAAUAAUGUUAAUACUUCCCAGAAUCUCCUAGCAAACUCAAGGAUGCUUCCCCCUGGAACCACUCAAGCCUUACAGAUGUCUCAAGGGCUUCUACCUGGGAAUUCAAUUCCCCCAAGGCCACAGCUGUUAGACUCCCAACCAUCACUUCCACAGCAGCAGCAACAACAACAGCAACAACAGCCAAACCAAUUGAUUCAACAACAACAUCCCCAGUUCCAGAGAUCUUUGAUGCUUCAAGCAAAUCCUCUUUCGAACUUGAAUGCAAUUGGGCAGAAUUCGAGUAUGCAGUUGGGCAAUCACAUCGGGAACAAGUCUUCCACUCUCAAUCUUCAGCUGUUACAGCAGCAGCAGCAGGCACCUCAAAUGCAGAGAAAAAUGAUGAUGGGUGUUGGAAAUGUGGGUAAUAAUAUGGUUGGUAUUUCAGGUCUUAGCAAUGCCAUGGGAGUGGGAACUGUAAGGGAAACUGGAAUUUCAGCACCCAUGACAUCUAUAUCUGCAAUAGGACAUGUGGGGCAGAACCCAAUGAAUUUAAGCCAGUCUUCAAAUAUGGGCAGUGCAAUAAACCAUAGUCGACCUGGACCAUUACCACCUACAAUGGCGUCAAAAUAUAGGAUGGUACAAAACAGACAAACAAUCCUAGGUCAUCAGUCGGGCAUAGCUGGGAUUUCGGGGACCAGACAGAUGCUUCCCGGGUCUGCUAGUCUUUCAAUGCUUAAUCAGACUUUGAACCGAGCUAGCUUGAGCCCAAAUCCAAUGCAACGAACACAAAUAGGGUCAUUGCCUAUGGGUCCUCCAAAGUUGAUGGCAGGGAUGGCAGGGAUGAAUCAUUACAUGAACCAGCAGCAGCAGCAACAGUUGCAACUACAGCAACUGCAGCAGCAGCAACAAUUACAGCAGCAGCAGCAAUUACAGCAGCAGCAGCAGCAAUUACAGCAGCAACAGCAAUUACAGCAACAACAACAAUUACAUCAGUUACAGCAACAGCAGCAUCAAGAAACAAACUCAUCACUUCAGGCUGUUGUGUCUCCACCACAGGUCGGAUCACCCUCAACCAUGGGAAUUUCACAAAUGAACCAACAAACCCAGCAGCAGCAGCAGGCCAGCCCCCAGCAAAUGAACCAACGAACUCCAAUGAGUCCGCAGAUAAGUGCAGGGGCUAUUCAUGCCAUGAGUGCUGGGAACCCAGAGGGUUGUCCAGCCAGUCCACAAUUAAGCUCCCAAACCCUUGGUUCAGGUGGUAGCAUCACAAAUUCUCCUAUGGACCUUCCAGGUGUGAACAAAAGUAAUUCUGUAAGCAAUGCAUAGUAAAAAUUUCACUCCACCGUCUUGUUUGUUUUCUUACCAUUCCUCACAGAGAAGGUUCCAUUGCCAUUGGAGAGAGUAAGAGAGAAUAAUGCUUUUUGAAAAUUCAAAGGUUGGCCAAACUUCUUAAAUAAUGCAUGCCAAGAAAUAGCUGAUGUGGGGCAAGAGAUUCAGAAUUAACAACUGGUAUUAAUAAGUUGUUUCGAUAAAUAAUGAUGAGCACAGUGAAGUGUGUCACUUGAUAUUUGACAGCCUGUUAAGAAGUAACAGGCAUUUAGAUUCAUCGUGGCUUGUACAGAAGAAUAAUUUUGUAAAGUGCUACGAAUGGCUCGUUUCUCUGGGGUUGGGAUUUUGGAUGGCAGGGGAGGGAAAUUGUGAAGCACUAGAAUCACUAAUUUAUAGUUGAUUUUGUCUUGAGUCCCUUGUAAAUUCUAUUCAAUUAGGAAUACCUUCCCCGUACACUUUAUUUGUUUUUGGUAGGAUAAGUAGAGCGAAGUUGGUAAGUUUUUAUGUUUUUUUUUACACGUAGUAAUAUUAUUUGAGUGACUCUUGGAUAUAUAUUUCAAUUCACUUGUUGAUAUCUUGUUAUAAAUACCACUGUUUAUGGGA